AACAAUGUGUACGUUUUUAAGGAGGGAGGGGGCGCGCGCAGGGAGAAAGAGAGACGGGGAGAGAUAGAGAAAGGAGGAGGGGGGUGCGUUCUGAAAUAAUAUAGUCAGCCAUUUUUUAUGUAAGGGGAUUUUUUCUUAUUGGGGGGGUUGUUAAAAAAUAAAUAUAAGAGGGCGGCCAUCUUUGUUGCUCUGCCUGGUGUAAAAUAUUCCAAAACGCCCCCCACUUUUUUCUGAGCCGAUUUGAAUAUUAAAUAAAUAUCACAUAUUCGGGCAAGAAUCUGCUUUUUUUUGCAUAGGAGGACGGAUCCAAUGACAGGAGGAUAAUGUCCUCUCCGCUCCGCUCCUGUGAGGAAGACGAGGGCAUGGUGGUUAAUUCCGAGGGAGGAGAUUUUGAUGAAGAAGACGACGACGGAGACCCAGACGAGAACGCAAGCGACAUCCAGUCUCCGGCGGCGCCUCGGGAAACUGCAACAGCCGCGCCAGACGACGAGCCCGAGAUAUCGGACCGCGAAGUCCCAUGUCGGAAGAAAGGCCGACCGAAGAAGAAGAAGGAGGCCAAGAAGAAGGACAAGGAAGGAAAACCCGCCAAAGCCAAGAAACGCAAAAAGAUCGACAGUGAUGUAGACAGAGACUCGGACCGAGACCGAGACUUUGGGGAGAACUCAGACAGCAUCGCCAGCGACUAUGGAUCUGGAGAGAAAAAGAAAAAGAAGAAACAUAAAGAAAGGAAAGAAAAGAAAACCAAGAAGAAGAAAAAAGACGACGGGGACCGAGACAGCAGUCAGGAGGAGACGACAAAGCAACCCAUAGAACAGAAGACGUCGGCCCAGCUGGCGAAGGAAUGGGGUCUGGAGGAUGUUGAUCAUACCUUCACCGAGGAGGACUACAGGGAACUCACCAACUACAAAGCCUUCAGCCAGUUCAUGAGGCCGAUGAUCGCCAAGAAGAAUCCGAAGAUCCCCAUGUCGAAGAUGAUGACCAUCCUGGGGGCCAAAUGGAGGGAGUUCAGCUCCAACAACCCCUUCAAGGGCAACGCCGCUGCUGUUGCCGCGGCGGCUGCAGCUGCCGCCAUCGCUGUCGCCGAGCAGGUCUCUGCAGCGACCGCUUCACCUGAACCGCCGCCGCAGCCGCCACCAAUCCGCAAGGCCAAGACGAAGGAGGGCAAAGGGCCGGGCUAUAAGAAGCGCAGCAAAAGCCCCCGUGUCCCAGAUAAGAAGAAGGCCUCCGCAGUCGCCAAGGCUAAAAAGAUGGCGCCCAUUCGCAUCAAACUGUCACCAAUAGGCGCCAAGAGGAAGAAGAGCUGCUCGAGCGAGGACAUGGAUGAGGACGAGUCUGAGCAGGAGGACUCCAGCGUUCACAGCUCCUCGGUUCGGUCCGACAGCUCCGGACGGGUCAAGAAGAACAAACGAGGACGACCGGCCAAGAAAAAGAAGAAAAUCCCAGGUGACGAAGAGGGCGACGGCUACGAGACGGACCAUCAGGACUACUGCGAGGUGUGUCAACAGGGCGGAGAGAUCAUCCUGUGCGACACCUGUCCUCGGGCCUAUCACCUGGUCUGCCUGGAGCCGGAGCUGGACAAAGCCCCAGAGGGGAAGUGGAGCUGCCCACACUGUGAAAAGGAGGGAAUCCAGUGGGAGGCGAAGGACGAGGACUUCGAUGACUUCGAGGAGGACAGUGAGGACAGGGUGAUCUCAGAUGUGAGCGCAGGGAUUCCCACCGGCGCCGAGGAGGAGGACGACGACCACAUGGAGUUCUGUCGGGUUUGUAAAGACGGCGGCGAGCUGCUGUGCUGCGACACCUGUACGUCGUCCUACCACAUCCACUGCCUGAACCCGCCGCUGCCCGAGAUCCCCAACGGAGAGUGGUUAUGCCCACGCUGCACGUGUCCGCCAAUCAAAGGUCGUGUCCAGAAGAUCCUCCACUGGCGAUGGGGUGACCCUCCGCCCCCCAUCCCUGUUCCUCCGGCUCCCGACGCCCCUCCCGACGCCCCCCUGCCGCCCCCCAUGAAGGGCCGAGCAGAGAGGGAGUUCUUUGUGAAGCUGACGGGGCAGUCGUACUGGCACUGCACAUGGAUCACCGAACUGCAGUUGGAGAUCUUCCACUCGGUGAUGUACAGAAACUACCAGAGGAAGACGGACAUGGACGAGCCUCCCAGUCUGGAUUAUGGCUCCGGGGCCGAAGAUGAGAACGGGGUGGGUAAGAGUGAGAAGAGGAGGGCCAAAGACCCCCAGUACGCCAUCCUGGAGGACAAGUACUACAAGUACGGCAUCAAGCCCGAGUGGAUGAUGAUCCACCGCAUCAUCAACCACAGUAUGGAUAAGAAGGGCACGUACCACUACCUGGUGAAGUGGAGAGACCUGACCUACGACCAGUGCACCUGGGAAAGAGACGACCUGGAAAUCCCAGAGUUCGCCAUCUACAAGGCCUCGUACUGGAGACACAGGGACGCCAUCAUGAAGGAGGAUCUGGACAAACCGAGGAGGAUCAGGAGUAAAAACCCGGAAGGUGAAGAAGACGAGUCUCCGGCUUCACCCGUUACUGAUCCUACGAUAAAGUACGAGGAGCAGCCGGACUUUGUGACGUCCACCGGGGGCACCCUUCACCUGUACCAGCUGGAGGGUCUGAACUGGCUCCGGUUCUCUUGGGCCCAGGGAACCGACACCAUCCUGGCCGACGAGAUGGGUCUGGGGAAGACCAUCCAGACCAUCGUCUUCCUCUACUCGCUGUUUAAAGAGGGCCACACCAAGGGCCCCUUUCUGGUCAGUGCCCCCCUGUCCACCAUCAUCAACUGGGAGAGGGAGUUCGAGAUGUGGGCGCCCGACUUCUAUGUGGUCACAUAUACGGGAGACAAGGACAGCAGAGCCAUCAUCAGAGAGAACGAGUUCUCCUUCGACGACACGGCGGUCAAAGGAGGAAAGAAGGCCUUCAAACUGAGGAGAGAAGCUCCCAUUAAAUUCCACGUCCUGCUGACGUCCUAUGAGUUGGUGACCAUCGACCAGACAGCGCUGAAGUCCAUCGACUGGGCGUGUCUGGUGGUGGACGAGGCCCAUCGGCUGAAGAACAACCAGUCCAAGUUCUUCAGGCGUCUCAAUGACUAUAAGAUCGACCACAAGCUGCUGCUGACGGGGACGCCGCUGCAGAACAACCUGGAGGAGCUGUUCCACCUGCUCAACUUCCUCACACCCAACAGAUUCAAUAACCUGGACGGUUUCCUGGAGGAGUUCGCCGACAUCUCCAAAGAGGAUCAGAUUAAGAAGCUCCAUGACCUGCUGGGGCCUCACAUGCUCCGGAGGCUGAAGGCCGACGUCUUCAAGAACAUGCCGGCCAAAACCGAGCUCAUCGUCAGGGUGGAGCUGAGCCCCAUGCAGAAGAAAUAUUACAAACUGAUUCUGACCAAGAACUUCGAGGCUCUGAAUUCCAAAGGUGGAGGAAACCAGGUGUCGCUGCUCAACAUCAUGAUGGACCUGAAGAAAUGCUGCAACCACCCCUACCUCUUCCCUGUUGCCUCCAUGGAAGCCCAGAAGACUCCGAGCGGUGCUUAUGAAGGCUCGGCUCUCACUAAGGCUUCUGGGAAACUGACGCUGUUGCAGAAGAUGCUGAGGAAGCUGAAGGAGCAGGGCCACCGGGUGCUGGUUUUCUCUCAGAUGACUAAGAUGUUGGACCUGCUGGAGGACUUCCUGGACUAUGAAGGGUACAAGUACGAGCGCAUCGACGGCGGCAUCACGGGGGCGCUGAGGCAGGAGGCCAUCGACCGCUUCAACGCUCCUGGUGCUUGCCAGUUCUGCUUCCUACUUUCCACCAGAGCAGGAGGAUUAGGAAUCAACCUGGCAACCGCUGACACCGUCGUCAUCUUCGACUCCGACUGGAACCCCCACAACGACAUCCAGGCGUUCAGUCGAGCCCAUCGUAUCGGACAGGCCAAUAAGGUGAUGAUCUACCGCUUCGUGACUCGAGCCAGCGUGGAGGAGCGCAUCACUCAGGUCGCCAAGAGGAAGAUGAUGCUGACCCACCUGGUGGUCCGACCCGGUCUGGGCUCCAAGGCCGGGUCCAUGACCAAGCAGGAGCUGGACGACAUCCUCAAGUUCGGCACCGAGGAGCUGUUCAAGGACGAGGGAGAAGGUAUGAAGAAUUCUUCAGGGGACAAAGUUGAGGACGAGGGAAACGUGAUCCACUACGACAGCACUGCCAUCGAGAGGCUACUGGACCGAAGCCAAGACGCCACAGACGACUCAGACGUCCAGAACAUGAACGAGUACCUGAGCUCCUUCAAAGUGGCCCAGUACAUGGUCCGAGAGGAGGACAAGAUCGAGGAGAUCGAGCGGGAGAUCAUCAAACAGGAGGAGAACGUGGACCCGGAUUACUGGGAGAAGCUGCUCCGGCAUCACUACGAACAACAGCAAGAGGAUCUGGCCAGUAAACUGGGAAAAGGCAAACGCAACCGCAAACCAGUCAACUACAACGACGCAGCACAGGAGGACCAAGGUAUGGACCGGGUCAGACCAGGGGGAUCCAGAUCAGGACCAAGGUAUAGACCGGGUUAGACCAGGGGGUCCUAG